GGCGGGCCCGCGCGUCCCGGCCCGGUUGCGGCGGAGCGCGCGGGGCCAGCUCUGCAGAAGGCGGCGGCUGGCUGGCCGGGACGGUCACAUUCCGCUGCAGGAGCCGGCUUCACAGCCGCACUGCCCUCCCACACCGGGGACCCAGGCCAGCGGGCAGAUCGCGCGGGCAACGCCCCCUGCUCCGGGGCAGACCGCGCGGCCCGGGCGAGCUCUGGGGGCGCCGCAGACCCGCGCCCACUCCGCCUCUGCGCUCUGCCCGCAGCUCGGCCCGCGCUGCCCGCCUCGCCGGGCCCGCGCCGGGAUGGGGUAGGGGCAGCGCCACAGUCGGGCGAUGGGCCGCCCUCUGGGCAUCGAACAGCCCCCCGAGGCCUGACGGACCGCGAGGACCGGGGGAGGAGCCCCGCCUGGAUGUCAAGCGAAUGCCCCAGUGCCCCGCAGCCGACUCGGUGGGGACCAUGGCUUCGCUGAUGCCCCUCUCCCCUUAUCUAAGCCCAACGGUCCUCCUGCUGGUCAGCUGUGACCUGGGCUUUGUGCGAGCAGACCGACCUCCCUCUCCUGUGAAUGUGACGGUCACUCACCUCAGAGCCAACUCGGCCACUGUGUCCUGGGACGUCCCAGAAGGCAACAUCGUCAUUGGUUACUCCAUUUCCCAGCAACGGCAGAAUGGCCCUGGGCAGCGUGUGAUCCGGGAGGUGAAUACUACCACUCGAGCCUGUGCCCUCUGGGGCCUGGCUGAAGACAGCGACUACACAGUUCAGGUCAGGAGCAUUGGCCUUCGGGGAGAGAGCCCCCCAGGGCCCCGGGUGCACUUCAGAACUCUCAAGGGCUCUGAUCGGCUGCCCUCCAACAGCUCCAACCCAGGUGACAUCACAGUGGAGGGUCUGGAUGGAGAGCGACCACUGCAGACAGGAGAAGUGGUCAUCAUUGUGGUGGUGUUGCUCAUGUGGGCUGCCGUAAUUGGGCUAUUCUGCCGCCAGUAUGACAUCAUCAAGGACAAUGACUCCAACAACAACCCCAAGGAGAAGGGGAAGGGACCGGAACAGAGUCCUCAGGGAAGGCCAGUGGGGACAAGACAGAAAAAGUCACCAUCCAUCAACACCAUCGACGUUUGAAUGAAGAGCGUUUGAGGGAAGAAAGAGAACCAGAAGAGAAAUUCGCUAACAACUUGGGGAUGGGGAUGGGGAUGGGGUCAGGGAGAGCCUGAUAGUGAGCUUCUCAGACUCCCAGAGAGUAAUGCACUCCUACAAUCUCAGGCUGGUGCCCGUCCUCUUUCCAUUGUGAGCAGGGCCAGAAGGUAGGUCUGUUAGAGUCUGGACCCCUGGACCUAGGAGUGGAUAUCAGAUGGGACAUCUCCUCCCAUCACCCAGGUCCAGGGAGAGUAACUUGUUCAACCCUGUCCCAUUAGGUCCCAAAUAGGGGCCCCAUGUCACUUACAUCAGGACUCUUGGCAUCCCCAGCUGCCCCCACAUCUUGCUUGUGAUCCUCAGAGAGGGGUGUUUCUGUGGCUACUCACCCUCCUCCAGCGAAUAAGAGGAAUUGUCUGGGCCUAGAGACAGAUGCUGCACUGCACUACUCCAAUGUCUUCCACGGAGCCUCUGGUGCUCCCCCCUCACCUGGCAGCCCCUCCAGCUGGCUGGUGGUCUCACCCCUGGGACAUUUUUCCAAUAAAGGUUCUUGGACAAACUGGA